AUGUUCAGAUUGCAGAAGAAACGAUUUGACUUCAGGUUCUCCAACCUCCAAGCUCUUCAGGUACCCAAGGGAUGGGACAAGCUCUUACUGUCUAUGGUUUCAGUAGAAACAGGCAAAACUGUUGCGAAGUCGAGCCGAGCUAUGGUGAGGAAUGGAGGUUGUAGAUGGACAGAGACGUUCUCGGAGUCGGUCACGAUUUCCCAGUCUGAUGCUUCUAAAGACAAUCAGGAAUGCAUCUUUAAGUUCGUCGUUGCCAUGGGAGCUAGAAAUGGCAUUCUUGGAGAGGCUACAGUUAAUCUGGCUAAUUACAAGGGUUCCAAGACUGCUGUUUCUGUAUCAUUUCCACUGAGAAAGUGCACUCACGGAACAAUCUUACAGGUCAAACUUCAGUGCUCAGCAACACAAGAAAGACUCAGGGAGGAGCAGCUGGAAGAUACAGGUUCAGAUGCAGACCAUAUUAACCUCGACUACACUGAUGUAGAAAACAAAUCAGAUGCUGCUUCUGUUAAUCAUCCCGAUAGUGCAUCUGACGCGGGAGAGUCACCAAACAGGGAUUUGAAAUUCUCAGCCUCAGGUUCACAUUAUAGCUUUGACUCACCUAGAUCAAUGGACAGUAGCUUGAGCAGAGAAAAUUCCUUGAAUGAAAAUUUCUUGAACAGGAGUUCAAGCAAUCCGAUUGUAAGAGAAGAUUUGACCAGCUCUUUGCAUGAUCCAUCUGGACUAAAUCACUUCUCCUUCAGCUCAAAGUUCUCAACCGCCCCAAGACAACUACAGAGUAAGAGAGAUGACUACAGUCGCAUUCCCCGUAGUGUGCCAUCAUCGCCAUCGUGGAAUGGUAGUAGUUCAUCCAAAGAACUUCUGGAAACUGGAGAAGAUUCAACUGAGGUGCUUCGUGCACAAGCUAAGAUGUGGGAACAAAAUGCUAGAAAGUUGAUGGCCGAUGUAGAGAAGUUGCAGUCGGAUAUAUUGGAUCACUCAACACAGCAGGCUGGCCUUGAAAUGGACCUCUCGGAAUCCAGAAAGGAAUGUGAUGGACUGAAGAAGGAACUUGAGCAACUGAAGAUCUUGUUGGAGGAAUCACCAUUGAGCCAAUUGGCUAGUGACAAGGUGGAUUUUCAAUCAUCCGAAUUGGAAGAUGAAAUCAAGUUUCACAAAGAAUCAAAUGCUGACUUGGCAUUACAACUGAAGAAAACUCAGGAAUCAAACAUUGAGCUGGUUUCUCUCCUUCAGGAACUUGAAGAUAUUGUUGAGAAACAGAAAAUGGAAAUUGCUAGCUUUUCGCAGCUCCAACCUGUACACACAAAUUGCAGAUCAUUUCUGUACGAGGAGGAAGAUGAAAGCAAGCACGUGUUCGGGAAGGAUUCGAGAAAUGUCAUCUGUAAUAAUUGGGAUAUGGAAGGUCUUUCUGUUGAUGAACCAGGAGAUGCACCACCUUUCUUUUCCGAACCAGAGGACAACAACCCAAUGCUAGAGCUGGAAGGCUCACUGUCGCAUGAAUCACGAAAGCACUUGGAAAAUACCAUCCGUUUGUUGGAAAGAUCUCUGGAAGAGAAAGUUGAAGAGCUUCAAUUUGAACGAACUUUCCAUAUUCAAUCCAUGGAAAACGAAGAAUCAGAGUGGAAAGCUAGACUAGCCCUGAAGGAGGAAGAAAUCAUCAAGUUAGAAGCAAAGUUGUCUGAAGCUCUGGAUCCUCCUGAUUUUGGACAUGGUGGUGAUUGCAAUCAUGUUAAUGAGAUCAAAGUUCUCAAACUGAAGAUGGAAGAACUUGAGAAAGACUGCAAUGAGCUCACUAAUGAAAAUCUGGAACUACUUCUGAAACUCAAAGAAUCCUCACAGAGUGAUCCUCCAACAUUUGGUGACUCUCCACACUCAGUCUCUAAUGAGUCUUUCGAGAAGAGUUCUUAUUAUGCCGCUGAAUCUGAAGUUAGCCAACUAAAAUCACAAAUACACACCCUAGAAGAGGAGCUGAACAAGAAGGACAUCCUCAUCACACAACUUUCCAGAAAUAAUCUGAUGAAGGAUCAUGAGGUCGAAGCUCUGAAUCUUGAGAAGAGGAAGAUGGAUUCUCGGAUUUCUAACCUUCUGACAGAGAAACAGCAAUUGGAGGAAAAGGUGGAUUCAAUGUUCAUCGAGGACUCAGCUACGUCCAGAUGCUUUGAUGAUUCCGGAGAUGAAAUGAUGAUGUUCGGCAGCAGCAUGAGCUCCCAAGCUUCAGCGAGGCAGUCACCAGGGAUGGAAAGGUGUAGAAGUGACCUGGAAGGUCACUUGAACGAAAUGGAGAAAGAGAACGUGCAGCUGUAUGAAAGGAUAUGUGGAUUGGAAGCACAGUUAAGAUACUUGACAGAUGAAAGUCAGUUGAACCGCUUAGAAGUAGAAAUUUCUCAAUCUGAAGCUGCCUCUCUCAGGGAAGAGAUUGGCAGACUGAAAGGCGAACUGGAAGUGCAAAAAGCCGGUUUGAGGCAGAAGACUCAGGGCGUGCAUAAGCAGUGGUUGGAAAUGCAAGAAGAGUGUGAGUUCCUCAAGAUGGAAAACCUGAAACUACAAAGCUCUUCUGAAAGUCUUAUGGAAGAAUGCAGUGUGCUUCAGAAGUCAAAUGCGGAGCUAAAGAAGCAAAAGAUGUUGCUACAUGAACAGUGUUCUGUUUUGGAGGCCGAACUUAAGGAUUCAGAAAAGGUUGUUGUGAGUAUGUUCAAGGAAGUUGAAGUACUUGAAGGAAAGUAUGAAUGUAUGCUGCAAGAAAUUUCCUCAAAAGAGAGAGCCUUUAUCCUGGAACUUGAUACACUUGUCCACGACAAUGACACACAGAAAGAGAAACUAGCUUCGGAAGUGAGCCAGCUGAAUCAUCUUUACCAAGAGAGAACAGUUCUAGCAGAGAAUUUGCAAUCAGAGGUAGCUCUUCUUACUGCAAAGAUAUCUGCAACUCAUGAUGAACAAGAGAUUAGAGGUUCUGAAUCUAUACUUGAGGUGUCUCGUUUGCGGGCAGAUAAAGCUCUGCUGGAGGCCAGUCUACAAGACGUCCGAGAGAAAUUAAGAUUGUCAGAGAUUAACUUCAGUACUCUUAAGAAGGAAACUGAACUAAACCUACAAGGACUUAGAGAGGAACUGGAAGCUUCGGAGCAAAAUCAGGAAGUUCUGGCUGCUGACAACGAGAAGUUACUAGAAUUGGUGGAAGAAGCAAACUCCAGCAAAGAGAAGCAGAGAGGCAGCAUAAGGUGGCUUGAGUUGAAGCUUAAAGCUGCUGAAUAUGACAAGCUUCAAGUAGCAGAGGAAAUGUCCAGCCUGGAAUCCCAAGUGCACAAAACAGCACUACUUCAAGAAGAAGUUCUGGCUCUUAAGAAGUCGCUAAAUGAAGUGAAAUUCGAGAACCAAAGGCUACAAGCAUCACUGGAGAUCUUAUCUGAAGAUUAUGAAGGGGUGAAGACCGAGAACGUUACAGCAGUCGAGAAGAUCUCUGACAUGGAGAAGGCAUUGGCUGAAUUAGAGGAUUGCAAGCGUAGCAAAGCUUCGCUUGAGGAAAAAGUUUUCCGCCUUGAACUGGAUAUAACUGCUAAAGAAGCACAAGGCGGCCAGGAUGCUGAACUGAAGAACGAGCUAGCACGGGUUAAGAUAACGAACAGUGGACUUCAUAGGAAGAUGAAACACCUUGAGGAGGAGAAGCAAGAGUACCUGAAGAGGGCUCAAGCACUCGAGAAAGACUUAAGACGGAUGAAAGAAGCAAAACUUGACGAUCCUCACCAUUCCAGUGAUGUGUGCAAUGAUGGACAUGAAGACACAGAGGUUCCAACAAAACCAACUUCUAAUAAAGGGAACGUGGCUAUAGUGACGGAUCCGUGGUCAAAGAUCCAGCAACUUGAGAACGAACUAGCUGAAGCAUCGGAGGCAAAUGACAUGUACAAAUCCCAGCUUAAGAGGUUAUUGUCUGGACAAAGAAAGGAUCAUCCAAAAUCCAUGAGGCAGCGAUUAGAGGAGGAGGAGGAAGAAGGGAUAGGAGCAGUAGGAAGUGGCGGCGUCGAUGACGUGGAAGCGGAAUUGAAAGACCUACAAGAACGCUUCUCCCAUAUGAGCCUGAAAUAUGCAGAGGUUGAAGCUGAACGAGCACAGCUCGUGCUGAAGCUCAGGGCUGAAAGUAGUGGGAAAAGGUGGUCAUCCUAA